AUCUGGCUGCGGGGAUUAGAGAAGGCGGAGCUCCAGGGACAGGUGCGCAGCCGCAGAUCUCGCGAGGCGUGGGGAUCUGCCUGCGAGGUGGGAGCAGUGUUGGACGGCUCAGUUCGAGCUCUGGAGACCGGUGCGAGGUGACACAUCCCGGGGAGAGGAGGAGGAGAGUGCUUGUUACUAUGGCGAUGACGGCUGGGAACGCCACAUCCUGUCCCAUGAGUAACCACACCCGGGAGAGAGUGACUGUGGCCAAACUUACGCUAGAAACCUUUUACAGCAACCUCAUCCUACAGCAUGAAGAGCGGGAGACCAGGCAGAAGAAGCUGGAGAUCGCCAUGGAAGAGGAGGGUUUGGGAGAUGAUGAGAAGAGACACCGACGCUCCCAGCACGCUAGGAAGGAAACGGAGUUCUUGCGCCUGAAGAGGACCAGGCUGGGCUUGGAUGAUUUUGAGUCGCUGAAGGUCAUCGGCAGGGGGGCCUUUGGAGAGGUGCGCCUUGUUCAGAAGAAAGACACGGGACACAUCUAUGCAAUGAAGAUCCUCCGGAAAGCUGACAUGCUGGAGAAGGAACAGGUGGCCCAUAUCCGCGCUGAGCGCGAUAUAUUGGUGGAAGCAGACGGCGCCUGGGUGGUGAAAAUGUUUUAUAGCUUCCAGGACAAGAGGAACCUGUAUCUUAUCAUGGAGUUUUUACCUGGAGGUGACAUGAUGACAUUGCUCAUGAAGAAAGACACGCUGACAGAGGAGGAGACACAGUUUUAUAUUGCAGAAACCAUAUUGGCCAUCGAUGCCAUUCACCAACUGGGAUUUAUCCACCGGGAUAUUAAACCAGAUAAUCUUUUGCUGGAUGCGAAGGGUCACGUCAAGCUGUCUGAUUUCGGGCUCUGCACCGGCCUGAAGAAAGCGCACAGAACAGAGUUUUACAGGAAUCUCACCCACAACCCGCCCAGUGAUUUCACGUUUCAGAACAUGAACUCGAAGAGGAAGGCGGAGACCUGGAAGAAGAACCGGAGGCAGCUGGCCUAUUCCACCGUCGGGACCCCCGACUACAUCGCUCCGGAGGUGUUUAUGCAGACGGGAUACAACAAACUGUGCGACUGGUGGUCGUUGGGGGUCAUUAUGUACGAGAUGUUAAUAGGAUAUCCUCCCUUCUGCUCCGAAACGCCACAAGAAACCUAUCGGAAAGUCAUGACUUGGAAAGAGACUCUCGUGUUUCCUCCCGAGGUGCCAAUAUCCGAGAAGGCCAAGGACUUAAUUCUCAGGUUUUGCAACGAUGCAGAAAACAGGAUUGGAUCGAAUAGCGUUGAAGAGAUUAAAAGUCAUCCUUUCUUUGAGGCCGUGGACUGGGGUCACAUCCGGGAGAGACCUGCAGCAAUUACCAUUGAGAUAAAAAGCAUUGAUGACACUUCCAACUUUGACGAGUUCCCGGAGUCUGAUAUAUUACAGCCAGUCUCCCCAUCCUCUAGUGGCUACAACCAGCAGGGUAACGCAUCACGUCACAAAGCACACGUCCUCUCCAGCUGGCUCCAUGAACAUGACCUAGUGCCAAACACAACGGAGCCAGACUAUAAAUCCAAAGACUGGGUCUUCCUAAACUACACCUACAAACGCUUCGAGGGUCUGACGCAGCGCGGCUCCAUCCCAUCCUAUAUGAAGUCGGGGAAACUAUGAGGAUGGCGCCCCCUGCUGCUGACCGUUGGGAAGUAAACCAAUACUCAGGAAUCCGCUGAAUGAGACGGCUUCGGAAUACGGAACAAGUGACUGAGGACUGAUGUACAGGGAGGAAAUUCUACGGGCUUAGGAUUUCUCACAACCACAGCGACACGUUGGCAGAGCCAUCUGGGAAUUUCUUUCAAUUUUUUUUUAUUUGACCCCUGUCGAAAAGGGAAGGAUUUUAAGUUAUGUAGCUGAGGGUACUGGAACGAAGGCUCUUAAUACGCCUGACUGUCGCUGAGCGUUAAAGAGCAUUUAUCUACGUACUGCGCCAUUCUCUGCACUGUGAUGCCCUGCAGCCGCCCGUCACCGUCACAUGGGACACGUGGACCAAUCAGUGACCAUUGUGCGAUACUGAGCUGUGUUUUGUUUUAAAGAGGCAGCUACCCGUUGGUAGGGAAAAGGAAAUAGUCAUGAAUUUCAUUGUUACUUGUUUUUUUUUGUUUUUUUUGUUUUGUUUUUUAAAUAUUAUUUUUUAAUUUGUAACAUUAUUUAUUCUGUGGUGUAAUUGUCAUCUUUGUUUUUCUUCUCCAUUUCUGAUUGGUGGGGCUAUGGAAUUAUGGUUCGGUUCAAGGCUCAAAGACUUCUGGCUUAAUAUUAAUAAACUGUUCAUUUUAUGA